CUCAUGCUUUUACUCUCACACCAAAAAGCUUAACUUAUGCACUCACUCUUUUGUGUGUGACAAAAAGAUAGAGCUAGCAAAAAGAGAGAUCAUUAUAGUGUUUGAUAGUAAGUACACAAUGGUCCAAGCAAAGAAAAUUGUAGAGGAGGUGUCUGGUUGGUUGAGAGUCUAUGAUGACGGCUCAGUCGACCGAACUUGGACUGGACCCCCAGAUGUCAAGUUCAUGGCUGAACCAGUCCCUCCACACCAUGAAUUCGUGGAUGGUGUAGCCACACACGAUGUCAAAAACUCUGGCAAACUCAGAGCUCGGAUUUACCUUCCAGAGAAAAACCCAGAUGAAGAAAACGUCAAAUUUCCAAUCCUGCUUCACUUCCAUGGUGGUGGUUUUUGCAUUAGCCAAGCUGAUUGGUACAUGUACUACAACAUGUACACUCGUAUGGCACGUUCAGCUAGAGUGAUUUGUGUCUCAGUUUAUUUACGCCUUGCUCCUGACCACCGUUUGCCAACAGCUAUUGAUGAUGGCUAUUCAGCUCUCCUUUGGCUGAGUUCUUUGGCUAAAGGUGAAUCACAUGAGCCUUGGCUCAAUAAAAACGCUGAUUUCAACCGUGUGUUCCUUAUUGGAGAUAGCUCAGGAGGGAACAUUGUUCAUGAAGUGGCUGCAAGAGCUGGGAAAAUUGAUCUGAGUCCUUUGAGACUUGCUGGAGCAAUUCCAAUCCACCCUGGUUAUGUGAGAUCAGAGAGGAGUAAGUCUGAGUUAGAGCAACCUCAAUCACCGUUUCUUACACUGGAUAUGGUGGACAAGUUUUUGAGCUUAGCAUUGCCUUUGGGGUGCAACAAAGACCAUCCCAUAACGUGUCCAAUGGGCCAAGCAGCGCCACCACUAGAGGGGCUCAAUUUGCCACCUCUUUUGCUUUGCAUAGCUGAGAAGGACUUGAUUUUAGACACUGAGAUGGAGUACUAUGAGGCUUUGAAGAAGGCAAAUAAGGAUGUGGGGCUUUUGACUAGUCCUGGAAUGGGUCACAGUUUCUACCUUAACAAAAUUGCUGUGGACAUGGACCCAAAUACGGCUGCUCAAACAACUGGUCUUAUUGCAGGAAUCACUGAAUUUGUCAAUAAACAUUAAAUAAUUUUGUAUCUAUAUAUGUUAUGUAAUAUUUAUGUUUUGCUAGUUUGCACUUUGUGAGAGAGAUCAAUACUCACAGAGAUGUGCACACAAGAUCACCCCUAAGGUUAAUUGCUUUUGCCUAUGAGUUUCUAGUUUAAUAUAAAUAAAUAUCCAUGUUCAUA